AUGGCGCCCCCGCUACCUGGCCUGCCGAGCGAGUACGCGGGAGGCCGGCGGGCUCCGGAGUGGACUGACCCUCAGCGUUUGGGCGCGCACACACACUCGCUAAGAGGAGAUGGAGGAGCAGACGGUAGGCGCCCCGGUCCCAGGAAGACGUGGGACCCCUGGAGGUAUAGGCUGACGGUGAGCAGCUGUGGCGGGCUCGGGAUCAGAGCGAGUUUGUCAGUGGGAGACGUUAAAGAGACAGACGCGCUGCACGACCACAUGGAAAGAACUAGUUCAUUUUAA